AUGGCCGCGCCGUACGAAGACAUCAACGGCUCGCGCUACCUUUCCUCGUCGCUCUCGUCCCUAUCAGCCUCCCGGCAACAGUCGUCGCAGAUUGCCAAAGCAUACCGCCAGGCCGCCCAGUUGUUCCUCACGCGCCGCCUGCCAGAGGCCCUGUCUACGAUUGAGCCCAUCAUCACUCCGCCGCCGCCGCCCUCUCCUCACGAUGAUGAGGCCAUGAUUGGCUAUGCACCCAUCGCCAACGCGUCCCGAGGCACCCGAAUCAAGGUCUGGAGCUUCUACCUCACCUUUCUCAACGCCGUCAUCGAGCUGGGCGCAGAAGAGGGCAAGCACGCUUUUGGGAGUACGAGGUGGAAGCAAUUGGUCUCGAAAUGUCGCGAUGGCAGUGUGUGGGACGAGGUGGUCAAGGAUGGCUAUGCGGGUGUCGAGGGCAGCGUCGACACGGAUGUAGUCAUCAAUCUUGCAACCCUGCUGCUCACCCACUCGCCCUCGCAAACGCUCAACCAACAAAAGCUCGAGACAUACCUCUCCGCCACGGCCAACCCGACGUUUGACAUUUCCCAGCACAUGUCGUCGCCCUCGUACCUGCAGCGUCGCCCCAGCCAGCGCGGUCAGCAGAAUGGCACCGACACGCCCCGCGAUCUGGAAAAGCGCAUCAAGCUGCUCGAACUCUACACCCUCCAUGUCCUGCCAAGAAACGACGAAUGGGACUACGCCCGUGAGUUCAUCAGCAUGUCCGAAGUCCUGGACGACGAGCGCAAGGAAGCCUUCAUGCUCGCCCUGCACUCGCUCAAGGAGGAAAAGGAAGAUGCCGAAGCGCGCGAGGAAAAGCUCCGCCAGCAACAGCAAGAGCAAAUGGAAGAGCGCCGCCGGGAAACGGAAAGAAGACGUCUGGAACAAUCCCGCGCCGAAGACGAACGUCGCAAGCGCCAAGAGGAAACCCCAAGACAGCCUCGAAGCUCAGAUGACCGGCUCCGCAAGCCCCUACCCCAACCCCAACCGCACCCUUCUCGUACCUCGCGCCAGCCCGCUAAACGCCCAAUCACACCCCCUCCUGGCUUCUACAACCGCGCCACGACCAUGUUCUCCUCCCUCCAGGCACUCAUAUCAAAUACAGCGCACAACAUGACGGCCAAUCCAAUGGCCUUUUUCCGAACCCUGCUCUUCCUCAUAGCCUUUGCCCUGGCCUUUGGACGGCGAGAUUUGCGAGAGCGCAUCUUGCGUGUGGUGAGGAAUGCAAUGGAUAAAGUGAAACGGACCGUGGGCAUGGGUGUCAAGGUUUCUUAUAUCUAA